AUGGACGAAUUUGGAUCCCGUAUCAACCACUCUGACACUCCGAAUAGUCGGAUCGUCCCGUUCUUCUACGUCCCCAGGGGACUGUGUUAUUCGUUACUGUGGCCGCUUCAGCAAAUUCCUAACGGUGAUGAAGUCACCGUUGAUUAUAUAGAGCACAUCCAGGAUGAAAAGCUUCGUCCACUUCACUUACUACCUUGGCAACCUCUGGAACUUUACGAUUCACCAAUUGAACACACAUAUGUUCUAUCGGAAGAGUUCUUUACAGUAUGUAUUAUGUGGUAUGUGCUCUGUUUUGUGUAUAGCUCCUAUUUACAUCAGACUAACCGCUAG